AAAAUAAAGGAAAAACACUCAACUCAAGGUAUGCUAUAAAAGUGAGAGUUAGUUUUCAAAACUUGAACUGCUGUGAAAAAAGAAAAACAUGAGAAAUAGAAACAGACCCAACGAACCCGCCAGCUUCUGGAUUCAAGCAAACGCGCUUCUCAGAAAGAACUUAACCUUCCAGAAACGAAAUGUGAAGACAAACAUUAGGUUAAUCUUGUUCCCAUUUGGCUUAUGUAUAUUGCUCGUUCUACUUCAAAAUCUGCUCAAUAAUCAAUUUGAUAAAGCUAAAUUCAAGUGUGGAUGCAUUUGUACCAACACACAAGGGGAACAAUGCUUGGACAAUCAAUGCGGGGUUCAAUUUUCGGAUUUUGAUCAAGUUGGUGCUUGUCCUAUUGCUAACCCUAUUGAAUGGACUCCAUUGUUGCAAAUCCCUGAUCCGCGAUACCGCGCUGUUAGAACGGAUUUUCUUCCGUUUUCGGAUUUUCCGAACCCCUUGUGCAGAACCAAUGGUUCAUGUCCCAUUACUAUGCUCUUUACUGGAACUAAUCAGUCUUUUGGAGAAGUCUUGUCAGGGAAUAUGAUCCCAAGUACUUUUGAUAUAAAUAGCAACAAUGUUAUGGAUAGUUUGGCAACAAAUGUCAUGGGAUCAGCAUCAGAAACAGAGAACACCAAUUUUCUGGAGCCUGCUUUCUUUUCAGAUCUUCCCAUUUACUAUCUACAAAGUCAGUGCAAUAAGAAUUCUUCAUUCUCCAUUCCUAUUCAGAUAUCAACCACUAGCAUACAACAAGAGUUAAGAUGUGCUCAGGCUUUACGGUUAUGGCGUAAUAGUUCUUCUGAGGUAAACAAUGAGCUAUAUAAAGGUUAUAGAAAAGGUAACACAGAGAGGCAGAUCAAUGAGAUAGCUGCAGGUUAUGACUUCCUAAAUUCAAAUGAGAAUGUACUUAAUGUCAGUAUAUGGUACAACUCAACCUAUAAAAAUGACACUGGCUUUGAUCUUAUUGCAUUGGCACGGAUUCCUCGUUCUGUAAAUUUGGUAUCAAAUGCCUACCUUCAGUUUCUGCUGGGACCAGGUACCCAAAUGUUGUUUGAGUUUGUAAAAGAAAUGCCAAAACCUAAGACCCCAAUUAAGUUUGAUUUGGCUUCUCUUUUGGGCGGUCUCUUCUUUACAUGGGUUAUCCUGCAACUUUUCCCUGUUGUCCUCACAUCAUUAGUUUAUGAGAAGCAACAAAAUUUAAGAAUCAUGAUGAAAAUGCAUGGUCUCGGUGAUGGGCCAUAUUGGAUGAUUUCUUAUAGUUAUUUUCUUGCCAUAUCAAUUAUCUACAUGCUGUGUUUUGUGAUAUUUGGCUCAGUCAUUGGAUUAAAGUUCUUCACAAUGAAUGACUACAGCAUCCAAUUCAUGUUUUAUUUCAUCUAUAUAAAUUUACAAAUUUCCCUUGCAUUUUUAUUGGCCUCCCUGUUUUCAAAUGUUAAGACCGCCACAGUGAUUUCAUAUAUAGGUGUUUUUGGAACAGGGUUAUUAUCUGGUUUUCUUUUCCAAUUUUUUGUUCAAGAUAACUCGUUUCCAAGAGGGUGGAUCAUUGUUAUGGAGUUAUAUCCUGGGUUUGCUUUAUAUCGUGGGUUAUAUGAAUUUUCACAAGCUUCUUUUAGUGGUGAUACUUUGGGGACUCAUGGUAUGCGGUGGGGAGAUCUCAGUGAUAGCACAAAUGGCAUGAAAGAGGUCUUGAUCAUUAUGUUAGUGGAGUGGAUAUUGGUUCUAUUCUUCGCUUAUUACGUCGAUCAAGUUUUGACAACAGGAAGUUGGAGAAGUUCUCUUCUGCUCUUGAAAAGAUUUCAGAAAAAACCUAGUUCAUCUUUUCGGAAGCCUAGUAUUCAAAGGCAAGGAUCUAAGGUUUUUGUUAUGACUGAGAAACCAGAUAUUCAUCAAGAGACGGAGAAGGUGGAGCAGCUGCUACUUGAACCAACUGUGAAUCAUGCAAUUGUUUGUGACAAGCUAAGAAAGGUUUAUCAAGGGAGGGAUGGUAACCCAGAGAAAUUUGCAGUGAAAGAGUUAUCGCUUGCUUUGCCUCAAGGGGAAUGCUUUGGCAUGCUUGGUCCCAAUGGAGCUGGGAAGACUUCUUUUAUCAACAUGAUGAUAGGUCUGGCGAAACCAACCUCAGGUACAGCUUUUGUUCAAGGUCUUGACAUAAGAACUGACAUGAAUGGAAUAUAUACAAGCAUGGGUGUAUGCCCCCAGCAUGACUUGCUGUGGGAAAUCUUGACAGGAAGAGAACACCUACUCUUUUAUGGAAGACUUAAAAAUCUUAAAGGUUCUGCUUUAACACAAGCAGUUGAAGAUUCUUUGAAAAGUGUAAACCUUUUUCAUGGAGGGGUUGCUGAUAAAAAAGCUGGAAAAUAUAGUGGAGGAAUGAAGAGGAGACUUAGUGUUGCAAUUUCAUUAAUUGGAGAUCCUAGAGUUGUUUAUAUGGAUGAGCCAAGUACUGGAUUAGACCCUGCAUCAAGAAAGAACUUAUGGAAUAUUGUUAAGCGUGCAAAACAGGACCGUGCAAUCAUUCUCACCACACAUUCCAUGGAAGAGGCAGAAGUCCUAUGUGAUCGAUUAGGAAUAUUUGUAGAUGGUAGCUUUCAGUGCAUAGGAAAUCCAAAGGAGCUGAAAGGAAGAUAUGGAGGAACUUAUGUAUUCUCAAUGGCAACAUCUGUUGAUCAUGAAACAGAUGUUGAGAAAUUGGUGCAACAACUCUCCCCAAAUGCUAAGAAGAUUUAUCAUAUCUCAGGUACCCAAAAGUUUGAGUUGCCAAAAGAUGAGGUUAGAAUAGCUGAUGUAUUUCAAGCUGUUGAAACUGCAAAGACAAACUUCACAGUUUCUGCGUGGGGUUUAGCUGACACCACAUUGGAAGAUGUCUUCAUCAAGGUUGCACGCGAGGCUCAGCAAUACGACACUUUAUCAUAAUUUAGUACACAUUUUACUGUUGGUCUAUACAAGCUACAUACGUGUAAAUAACCAGUAUGAAUUCAGCUAGUAGUCUAUGAUAUUUAUAGGAUAGUCAUGUAUGGUGUAUAUAGUUUGCUUUGUAAUAAUCUGUUUAAACCCUUUUAAAUAAAAUUGUAUAAAAUCUGAGUAUGUUUGUUUUUUAUCAUGUUUUGGUCCCCAUAUCUGGAUCCAAAUUCCCUGUGGUGGGAAAAGUAACAAUCUUGGCCGGUGUUAAUCUGAUAUUGGACGGAUGAGAUCCAAGUCCAAUAUCACCCCAGAUCAUCACCACUAAAGGUAUGUUUCAUUCUACUCCUCUCGCCUACUUCAAUCAUUUACUGAUUUGAGUGUUGAAUUGUAUGCAGGUACACUACACCACCAUCAAACAUCCUUAAAGGAACUUUGUCCCAACCCACCAGGUGCAUCCCUUUUUUAGUAGGAUUCAGUAGACCAUAAAAAGUUUCUAUUGAUUUUGUCCAGCAGGGUACAAGUAUGAGCAGGCAGUAAAGUAGUUUGCAUAACAUAGUAAGGAAGGGCAGUAGUCACAGCCUGAAUAAGAGUAGCUUUCCCAGCGGGGUUGCUGCCAUGGAUUUAACUCAAAAACCCUAUUCACAUAACCUUUCCUUCAUCAAUCCAUCAUCAAGGAAAAUAAAAUCACAAUCUAUUACAUAACAAUUUUCAAGUAUGGGAGGAACGGAAGAAGAAGUUAAACAUGAAGAGGAGGUUGAGGUUGAUAAGAAGGAUAAGAAGGAAAAAAAAGAGAAAAAGAAGAAGAACCCUGAAGACAAGAAGGAUCCUGUAAUGCUUAAGCAAAAGCUUGAAAAAUUAGAUUCCAAGAUACAGGUUAUGAUGGCUAAGAGAGAAGAGAUUUUAAAGCUACUUAACGAAGUUGAAACAAAUCCAACUGAACCUCCUGCAGCUUAAUUGUUGUAUAUAAUAUUUUUUUUUUAGUAUAAAUCCAAUUUGUUUUUACAACACUGGUUCAUACGCAUUGUGCUCCAAACACUUGCACACGACAAUGUGGUAAAUAAGAGUGCUUCUUUCUAUGUAAAUUGUUUAUACUAUAAUUCAAUUUAUACAAUUGUGAAGAUAUUAUCUAA